GUAAACAAAGAGCUAAUACAUUUCUAUCCACUUCUCUUAUCUCUUUCAUUUGCAUACCAACUGCAGUACAAUUACUUGAUGGAGUUUGAUUAUCUGCCUAAGUCGGACAUCGAGACUGGGGCGUUGCGCACCGAAGAGCAGCUGAAGGAUGCCAUACGAAACCUACAGCGCUUUGGCAACAUUCCGGCCACUGGCGAAAUAGAUGAGGCCACCCGAAAACUAAUACACCUGCCACGCUGUGGCGUGGGCGACAGUAAUCGGACUGCCAAUUUCUCGCCAGAUAAUCUACAAUACGGGCACCAUCGCAUGAAGCGCUAUGUGUUACAGGGACCCAAAUGGGACAAAACGGAUUUAACUUGGAGGUGAGUGACAUUCAUUGAAGUCUAUGAUUAAAACUGAGCUAGCUAAUGCAAGAUAUAUGCGUAUAUGAAGCAACAUGCCUAAAAGCAUGCUACACUUUUUUACUGCGGCACGAGCAAAGCUAGGGCGAUGCUGAUUUAAUGAAACGUG